UAUACAAAAGGAUGAAGGCUAUUGCUUAGCGCAUUGUAAGCCGCCCUGAGUCUCCGGAGAAGGGCGGUAUAUAAAUCAAUAUAUAUAUAUGUUCAAUAAUCCUGUUAUCCAAUCUCAAUUCCAAUCUCAAUUGGAAGACACUUAAAUUGGAAUUUCAUGUGGAUCAGGGACCUUUGUUGGUUUCCUAGGUUGCAGUGCCUCUUGUGAUUUCUUGUAAUGCCAGUGGUUAUGUCAAUUAAUUACCUUUGAGAAAUUUUUAUUUCAGUAUUGCCCAGGGCUUCUCUUACAUUUCAUCUUACUACCUGUGGCCCAUUGCUGAAGCCUGAAUCAAUUAUUGUCCAUUUUUCUCUUUAAAAAAAUAGUCACAUGCUUUGUGUCAUUUACAAACUCCCCUCAUGUUUUCGAGGGGCACAGAAGCUUAGCAAAAUAACAAGAGUUGGAAGGGACCUUGGAGGUCUUCUAGUCCAACCCCCUGCUCAGGCAGGGAGCCCUAUACCAUUUCAGACAAAUGGUUGUCCAAUCUCUUAAAAACUUCCAGUGUUGGAGCAUUCACAACUUCUGGAGGCAAGUUGUUUCACUGAUUAGUUGUUCUAACGAGAAAUUUCUCCUUAGUUCUAGCUUCUCUCCUUGAUUAGUUUCCACCCAUUGCUUCUUGUCUUGCCGUCAGGUACUUUGGAGAACGUUGAUUCCCUCUUCUUUGUGGCAAUUCCUUAUAUCUUAAUUAAAAUAACAUGUACGGGAAGUGACUGAAACAUGCGUGCGAUAUAUCGUACAUUUAGAGGGAGUCCUUAUCAAAUCAUACUGCACAGAGCAAGAUGAACUGCCGGGGUACAGCAAAAAGCUGUUUUAUGCAAAUGAAAUCCGCGCAUGAGAGACUGCCACAGCCUGAAACGCGCGUCUCUGCAAAGAAGCCUCGCUUAGAAUCCUGACUACUGUUUAGGAUUCUACCUUGAUUUAGGAUGCACCUUGAAAUAAGCGACGCGAGGUCGGAGCCUUUGAAUGGUAGACAACCACGAAGAACCUGCCAAAGAAAGGCAAGACUUUGUUACCGUUAGCUUGACCCAAAGGUCCUUUGUUCAGGAGGCAACUGAACUUUGUUCUUUUGAAGAUGUUUCCCUUCUCAUCCAAGAAAGCGAAACGUCCUCAAAAAAAAGACAGUCCAGUUGCCUCCUGAAAAAGCACCUUUGGGACAACCACGACCUGGAUGACUUGAGAAUCUCUACAGACAUCAAUCGGGCUUAUUACUGUACGUCCUGUUCAGAUGUCCCUAAAUCAUAACUUCACAACUCGAGCCCACCACCGCCCCAGCAGGCUGCAGUUGAGCAAAGCUCCUCCCUUUCCGGCGCCUAAGCAUCUGGCGGAAGGCAGCGUCCGGGCGGAAAAGCUUUCCCCAGGCGUGGAGAGAUCCUCGUUUUGUUUUCUGCAGCCCGGAUCCAAAGGCAGACGAAGCUCUACUUUGAUUCUGUCGCCCUCCUGCUCUCCCACCGCCGGCUUCGCCGGUAGCUAGCCCUGCUUUUUCCCUUGAGCGGACCAUCCUGCAGGAUCCUUCCAGUGUGUUGCGCAGCCCCACAUGGUUUUGCACGUGGGAAGCUGCUCCGAGAGUUUCCAUAGCCGACCGGAUUCCACUCGCGCGUAGACUGGAGUGAGAAAGGCAGAAUUGGGAACGGAUCUGUCACUGAAAAUGCAGCGGAAGAAAGUGGAUAAUCGUAUUCGGAUCCAAAUAGAGAAUGGAGUGGCUGAGCGACAAAGGACCCUCUUUGUUAUAGUAGGGGACCGUGGCAAAGAUCAGGUGGUCAUACUUCAUCAUAUGUUGUCCAAAGCAGCUGUAAAGGCUAGACCCACAGUGCUGUGGUGUUACAAGAAAGAGCUGGGCUUUAGCAGCCACCGUAAAAAAAGAAUGAGACAGUUACAGAAGAAAAUUAAAUCUGGAAUGUUGGAUCUAAAGCAAGAUGACCCCUUUGAACUAUUCAUAGCAGCCACAAACAUUCGGUAUUGUUACUACAACGAGACACACAAAAUUCUUGGGAAUACUUUUGGCAUGUGUGUACUCCAGGACUUUGAAGCCUUGACUCCAAAUCUCCUUGCUCGAACGAUUGAAACUGUGGAAGGGGGAGGUAUCAUCGCAAUUCUUCUGAGGACAAUGAAUUCCCUGAAGCAGCUUUAUACAAUGACCAUGGAUGUUCACUCCCGCUAUAGAACAGAAGCACAUCAGGACGUGAUUGGCAGAUUUAAUGAAAGGUUCAUUCUCUCUCUGGCCUCUUGUAAAACCUGUGUAGUUGUUGAUGAUCAGCUGAAUAUCCUCCCCAUCUCUAGUCAUGCUGCAAACAUUUCAGCUCUGCCACCUCGAUCACAGGAAGAGAGCCAAAGUCCUCGUGAGGUGGAACUGAAGGAGCUAAAGGAGAGUUUACAGGACACACAACCGGUUGGCACAUUGGUUGAUGUUUGUAAAACGCUGGAUCAGGCAAAAGGGGUCCUCAAAUUCAUCGAAGCCAUUUCUGAGAAGACCCUGAGAAGCACUGUGGCUUUAACAGCUGCUAGAGGGCGUGGGAAAUCGGCUGCCUUGGGAUUGGCAAUAGCGGGGGCAGUGGCUUUUGGCUAUUCCAACAUUUUUGUUACAUCUCCAAGUCCAGAUAAUCUUCACACCCUGUUUGAAUUUGUAUUUAAAGGCUUUGAUGCUCUACAGUACCAGGAACAUUUGGAUUAUGAGAUCAUUCAGUCUCUCAAUCCUGAAUUCAGCAAAGCGGUUGUGAGAGUCAAUGUGUUUCGAGAACACAGACAGACAAUCCAGUAUAUCCAUCCUGCUGAUGCUGUGAAACUGGGGCAGGCUGAACUCGUGGUAAUUGAUGAAGCUGCUGCCAUUCCUCUUCCUUUGGUGAAGAACCUGUUGGGUCCUUAUUUGGUCUUCAUGGCUUCUACAAUCAAUGGAUAUGAGGGCACCGGCCGUUCCUUGUCUUUGAAACUGAUCCAGCAGUUACGACAGGAGAGUGCACAGGCCCAAGCCAGCAUAACUGCAGAGAACAAAACAACCAUCACAGCUAAAUUGUCCUCAGCCCGUACAUUGCAUGAAGUUUCGCUUCAGGAAUCCAUUAGAUAUGCUCCAGGAGAUCCAGUUGAAAAGUGGCUGAAUGAUUUGCUAUGCUUGGAUUGUCUCAACAUCACGAGAAUUAUAUCUGGUUGUCCAUUGCCUGAAACCUGUGAUCUAUAUUAUGUGAACAGAGACACUCUGUUCUGUUAUCACAGAGCGUCAGAAACUUUUCUUCAGAGAUUAAUGGCCCUGUAUGUGGCUUCUCACUACAAGAAUUCUCCUAAUGACCUCCAGAUGCUUUCGGAUGCUCCAGCCCAUCAUCUCUUUUGCCUUUUGCCACCGGUUCCACCUACUCAAAAUUCCUUGCCAGAAGUCCUUGCUGUGGUCCAGGUGUGUUUGGAGGGUGAGAUAUCACGACAAUCUAUUAUGAACAGCCUGUCCAGAGGGAAAAAAGCCUCAGGAGAUCUCAUUCCGUGGAACAUCUCAGAGCAGUUCCAAGAUCCUGAUUUUGGGAGCCUUUCUGGUGGAAGAAUUGUUCGCAUUGCAGUCCAUCCUGAUUACCAAGCGAUGGGUUAUGGUAGCCGAGCUUUGCGUUUGCUCCAGAUGUAUUAUGAAGGCAAAUUUCCUUGUUUGGAAGAAAAGGUUAUUCGGAAGCCAAGAGAAAUUGCUACUGUGAGCAGUGAGGCUGUCAGCUUACUAGAAGAAGCUGUGAUGCCUCGGAAGGAUUUGCCACCCCUGCUUCUCAAGCUGAGUGAGAGGCAAGCUGAGAAUCUGGAUUACCUUGGCGUCUCUUAUGGCUUGACUCCAAGGCUUCUCAAAUUUUGGAAACGGAGUGGAUUUGUGCCAGUCUAUUUGAGGCAAACUCCAAAUGAUCUGACCGGGGAACAUUCCUGCAUUAUGCUGAAGAUGCUAAACGAAGAAGAAGAGAACACAGAGGAAAGCUGGCUCACUGCUUUCUGGAAAGAUUUCAGGAGGAGAUUCUUGUCUCUCUUGUCUUACCAGUUCAGCACUUUCUCCCCGUCAUUAGCUUUGAAUAUAUUACAAAACAAGAAUGUCAAGCAACAGUCACAAUCCUCUCUCAGCCGUAAUGAACUAGAAGCGGUCUUCAUCCCUUAUGACCUGAAGAGACUAGAGAUGUACUCAAGAAACAUGGUGGACUAUCACUUGAUCAUGGACAUGAUCCCAACUAUUUCUAGACUGUACUUUCUCAACAAGUUUGGAGCUAUGCCUCUUUCUGCUACUCAGGCUGCUCUUCUUCUUGGAAUUGGUCUCCAGCACAAAUCCGUGGACCAGUUGGAGAAAGAGAUAGGGCUGCCUAGCAGCCAGUUAAUGGGCCUCUUCAACAGGACCAUCCGUAAAGUUGUUCAGUUGUUCAACAGUGUCCAGGAGAAGGCUGUAGAAGAGCAAAUGGCAGUAAUGAAAGAAGUUGUAAUGGAGCCAACCCUGAAAUCUUUAAAUGAAGAUUUGGAAGAAGCAGCCAAAGAAUUUCAAGAAAAACACAAGAACGAAAUUGGAAAGCUAAAAGACCUGGAUCUUUCACAAUACAUUAUCCGAGGGGACGAUGAAGAAUGGAAUGAAGUGCUGAGUAAAGCAGGACAAGAUGCAUCUGUGGUCAGCCUGAAGAGUGACAAGAAGAGAAAAUCAGAAGUUGCCAUAGAACCAAGACAGGAGAAGAAAUUUAAGAAAAAACAUCCAAAGCUGAAGUUGAAGAAAUGAUUAAAAGGAGGGAAAGCCUCCAUCAUAUGGACUUGGACUUUCUCUUUUGUGAAAUCCUGAUGUCGUUUGCCAAGCAAAUGAGUUGAAACUCUGAGGAAACUUUACCUUAGGAGUGGAAAAGCCACAAGGAUUUUUUUUUAUUGUUGUUAUUGCUUAAUAUAAACGCAGCCUUCAAGCAACAUCAUUUGGAAGAUAUUUUUAUUGCUGCCAGCUCAGCAUUUGUGUUCCAUUAAAAGAGACUGCAGAGCAGCAAGCUGGAUAAUUACCAGGAAUUGUGACUUCAAUAUUGCUUUACAAAAUCUGGUGGUUUCCUCUCUUCUCUCAUUCUCUCUCUCUCAUACUCUUUCUCUCUCUUGUUCUCUCUCUCUCAUACUCUUUCUUGUUCUCUCUCUCUCGUUCUCUUAUUCUCUCUCUCUUUAUAUGGGUGCAUGCAUGCCUAUGAAGAUCUUCCCUUUGAGUUCCUAUUGGAGAUUUGAAGAGAAGCUGGUAUUCAAUGUUAAGGUGAUGUUUUUUAAAAAAUCAGAGUGGGAUUAAAAAGCAUUCCAUGUUAUUUUACACUGCUGAAAGUACUUUAGAUGCUUGUCACUCGUUACUGUUUAUUGAUGAUAAAGUUACUGGUCUGAAAGGUU